CUUUCACACACACUCCCAUACACCCCAAAACCUACCAUCUCCUUUGAAGUCUCGCCCCACCUUGUCCUUAUGAUGGGCUCCGUGCUCCCCGCGGAAGCCCUGGUCCUCAAGGGGGGGCUGAAGGGGCCCGGGCUCUCGCUGGCCGAGGUGAUCACGUCGGACAUCCUGCACAGCUUCCUCUACGGCCGGUGGAGGAACGUCCUGGGCGAGCAGCUCUUCGAGGAGAAGGCCGCCGGGGGCUGUGGUGGUGGAGGCGGAGGAGGCGCAGGAGGAGCACAUAGCAACCCCAAAACGGCCUUCACGGCGGAGGUCCUGGCUCAGUCCUUCUCUGGAGAGGUCCAGAAGUUAUCCAGCUUGGUGCUGCCUUCAGAGGUCAUUAUUGCCCAGAGUUCCAUCCCUGGAGAAGGGCUGGGCAUCUUUUCUAAGACGUGGAUCAAAGCGGGCACAGAGAUGGGACCUUUCACUGGCCGGAUCAUCUCCCCAGAGCACGUGGACCUUUGCAAAAACAACAAUCUGAUGUGGGAGGUCUUCAAUGAAGAUGGAACUGUCCGUUAUUUCAUUGAUGCCAGCCAAGAGGACCAUCGCAGCUGGAUGACAUACAUCAAGUGUGCCAGAAAUGAGCAGGAGCAGAACCUGGAGGUGGUCCAAAUUGGGAACAGCAUCUUUUACAAGGCCAUUGAGAUGAUUCCACCGGAUCAAGAAUUGCUCGUUUGGUACGGGAACUCCCACAAUACCUUCCUGGGGAUCCCUGGAGUGCUGGGACUUGAGGAAGAGCAGAAGAAGAGUAAGCACGAAUAUGGGCUUGAUCCGUCCCCAUCUGUGGGCUCACCUGCUCCGGGCAUGAGUAACUUCCAAGAGGACUUCCAUGCAGCUGAAGCAGGUGCCAGUUCCACUGGCCGCAUGCGCUGCGUCAUCUGCCACCGCGGAUUCAACUCCCGCAGCAACCUCCGCUCCCACAUGCGCAUCCACACCCUGGACAAGCCCUUCGUCUGCCGCUUCUGCAACCGCCGCUUCAGCCAGUCCUCCACCCUCCGCAAUCAUGUCCGGCUCCACACCGGCGAGCGCCCUUACAAGUGCCAGGUCUGCCAAAGUGCCUAUUCCCAGCUGGCUGGCCUGCGGGCCCACCAGAAGAGCGCCAGGCACCGGCCCCCCAACGGCUCCCUGCAGUCGCAUUCGCCGGCCCUGCCGGUGCCGCACCCCACCUCCCUUGCUCACCACAUCCCCACCAUGGUGCUGUGAGGUCAGGAGGAAGCCCCCUGGCACUGCCAUGAACUGGUGGGGACCAAGGCAUUGGUGAGCACACAGGGGAAAGGGGCAGGGGGAUUUUUGUGGUGGACCCAUCCAGCAGCGACUUCUAUCGGGGCUUGGCAAAUGGAACUUCCAUCUUCAGGCACACGUCUACCGUCUGAACAAGAGAAAGUGGGGCAGGGCAGGGCCUCUGGGCCCUGCUUUCGAGAUUCCCAGCAGCCUUUGGCUGCCCACUGUCAGAAACAGAGCACUGGGGAGGGAUUAAUGGACCUUUUGGUCUGGUCGGGAAUGAUGAAGGGAUUCUGCUCUGGCAAGGUCUCAUUAUUCCUAAGUGUGAGAACUAGGUGGGGGACUCUCUUAAUUUUUUAUUUUAGUAUUUCAAUAUUUCCAUCCAAGUUCCUUGGGUGAUUUCCACCAUCUUGGUUUCUUGUUCAUGAUGUGAGGCCUGUAUGGUUUUCCCUAUUUUGCCCAUUGACUCAGGCAUCCAAGUUAGAUAUAUUUCUGGGGAUGAG